AUGGAGACUUGCUUUGAGUGCAAGAAACCUACUGAAACGGUGAUUGACAAAUGCACCGGCGAUACAAUUUGCACAGAGUGCAGCCUCGUCAUUUCCCAUCACUACAUAGACGACAGCCAGGAAUGGAGAACAUUCGUCAACGACGAUAACAGUGACAGAGACCCUAAUCGUGUCGGUGGUCCAACCAAUCUUCUUCUCAAAUCCGGAGGUAUCGGCACCAGCAUCGACAAAGGCAGAGGAAACACUUCCUCCGUCUCCAAGAACAACUUAUACGAACUCUUCCGGGCACAGAAUCACGUCAAGAACUCUGAAGACGAACUGAUCGAGAAAGCGUGCAAAGAAAUCAAAAGGAUAUCAGAAGAUCUUGGUCUAAUAAGCGGUGUCGAGUUUAGGGCUUGCGAGAUCGUGUCGAAACUCGAUGGUGGUGACAGCAGCAAGAGAUUACGCAGAGAGAAACACAUGAACGCUCUCUGUGCGGCAGCUGUUUCAACGGCUUGUCGUGAGCUGAAACUCUCGAGGACGUUGAAAGAGAUCUCCGUGGUGGCUGGUGGUGUGGACUUGAAGGAUAUAAACAAAGCGAGUAGGACGAUAAGGCGUCUUGUUGGUUCAGAUCAAGACGAGGUGGAUACUUCUACUGCUGCUUCUCAGGUGAUUAUCAAGACAGGAGAACUUGUUAGCCGGUUCUGUUCCAAACUCGACAUAAGUGUAAGAGAGACAAAGGCUAUUCGAGAAGCGGUUGAAAACGCUGACAAUUUCGAUAUCCGAAGAAACCCUAAGUCGAUUCUUGCUGCUGUUAUCCUCAUGGUUUGUCAGCUAUCACAGACCAAAGGGAGAUCUAUUCGAGAAAUUGCGGUGGCUGCUGAAGUGGCGGAGAAUACCAUCAAGAACGCCGUUAAUGAUAUAUACCCUUACGCCUCGAAGAUUAUACCACCGUGGUAUGCUUCUGAAGAGGACAUCAUCGAGAGGUUUGGAGGUACCAUAGGUUCUUGGGAUGCUGAAAAACAUACCGCAUAGGCGAAACCUCUACUUGCGCAAGAAGUCUUUGGGAUUUAUGUUGAAGAACAAGGUUGUUAAACUAUGUUCUAACUA